ACCGCUCUAGUAACUGCCGCAUGGUAACCUGGGCCCCGGGUUUGGGCAACUGUCUCCUGGUUUUCCACUCAGGUCUUGAUUCCGGACGUCUGCAGGAUGAAGAUUGAGGAGGUGAAGAGCACCACGAAGACGCAGCGCAUCGCCUCCCACAGCCACGUGAAGGGGCUGGGGCUGGACGAGAGCGGCCUGGCCAAGCAAGCGGCAUCGGGGCUCGUGGGCCAGGAGAACGCGCGAGAGGUGUGGCGGGCGGGCCAGGGGAUCGGGGCGUUGAGCACGCCGCCGCCGCGAGGGGCCGCUGAGGCAUGCGGAGUGAUAGUAGAAUUAAUCAAAAGCAAGAAAAUGGCUGGAAGAGCUGUCUUGUUGGCAGGACCUCCUGGAACUGGCAAGACAGCUCUAGCUCUGGCUAUUGCUCAGGAGCUGGGUAGUAAGGUGCCUUUCUGCCCCAUGGUGGGCAGUGAAGUUUAUUCUACAGAGAUCAAGAAGACAGAAGUGCUGAUGGAGAACUUCCGCAGGGCCAUUGGACUGCGGAUAAAGGAGACCAAGGAGGUUUAUGAAGGCGAAGUCACAGAGCUAACUCCGUGUGAGACAGAGAACCCCAUGGGGGGAUAUGGCAAAACCAUUAGCCAUGUAAUCAUAGGACUCAAAACAGCCAAAGGAACCAAACAAUUGAAACUGGACCCCAGCAUUUUUGAAAGUUUGCAAAAAGAACGAGUAGAGGCUGGAGAUGUGAUUUACAUUGAAGCCAACAGUGGAGCCGUGAAGAGACAGGGCCGGUGCGAUACCUAUGCCACAGAAUUCGACCUUGAAGCUGAAGAGUAUGUCCCCUUGCCAAAGGGGGAUGUGCACAAGAAGAAAGAAAUCAUCCAGGACGUGACCUUACAUGACUUGGACGUGGCCAAUGCUCGGCCCCAGGGGGGACAAGACAUCCUAUCUAUGAUGGGCCAGUUAAUGAAGCCAAAGAAGACAGAAAUCACAGAUAAACUCCGCGGGGAGAUCAACAAGGUGGUGAACAAGUACAUUGAUCAGGGUAUCGCUGAGCUGGUUCCAGGUGUGCUCUUUGUUGACGAGGUCCACAUGCUGGACAUCGAGUGCUUCACCUACCUUCACCGGGCCCUGGAGUCUUCUAUUGCCCCCAUCGUCAUCUUUGCAUCCAACCGGGGCAACUGUGUCAUCAGGGGCACAGAGGACAUCACCUCUCCUCACGGCAUCCCUCUCGACCUUCUGGACCGAGUGAUGAUCAUCCGGACCAUGCUGUACACUCCACAGGAAAUGAAACAGAUCAUUAAAAUCCGUGCUCAGACAGAGGGAAUCAACAUCAGUGAAGAGGCGCUGAACCACCUGGGGGAGAUUGGUACCAAGACUACCUUGAGGUACUCGGUGCAGCUGCUGACCCCGGCCAACUUGCUUGCUAAGAUCAACGGGAAGGACAGCAUCGAGAAGGAGCACGUUGAGGAGAUCAGUGAGCUCUUCUAUGAUGCCAAGUCAUCGGCCAAAAUCCUGGCUGACCAGCAGGAUAAGUACAUGAAGUGAGCCAGCUGAGGUUUUCUGCAGAGAGACUCCUGGGCGUACCUGGGCCCAGGUCCAGCCUGCGAACACAAGCCUUGUCCCUCGGCUUGGCUUUGUUCCCACUCGGGCGCGGUUAGCAUUGUUGUCAGUUCAGUGUGGAAAGUGUUUCUAAAUUAUCUCAGUUUCUCCCGUGGUUGCUUUGAAGGAACCCUGACUCACCUGGUGUGUUUUCUAGUAAACCCUUAUAGGUUACUUUGAUGCCAUCUCUUUUUCUUUUAAUUAAAAAAAAACCUUUGUAUUUUAGAGCAGUUUUAGAUGUACAGAAUUGUUGUGAAGAUAGUAUAGGGUGUUCCCACAUACCUCAGACCCAGUUUCCCUUACUGUUAACAUCUUAUAGUAGUAUAUGGUAAAUUUGUCACAGUUAAUGAACCAAUACCUUAUUAUGCUUUUCUCUUUUCCUGAGUUAUCUAAUGUCCCUUUUCUGUCCCAGGACCCCACAUUACAUUUAGUUGUCAUUUCUCCUUAGGCUCCUCCUGGCUAUGGCAGUUUCUCACAUGUUCUUUGCUUUUGAUAACCUUGACAGUUCUGAGGAGUGCUGGUCAGGUAUAUUCUCUCGAAUAUCUCUCAGUGGGGUUAAUUUGCUGUUUUUCUCUUAAUUAAACUGGGAUUGUGGGUUAUUGGGAGGAAGGCCAUAUAAGUCAAGUGUAAUUUUUAUCACAUAUCAGCAUGAUUUAUAACAUUUAUAACUAUUAAUGUUGAUCUUGAUCACCUGGCUGAGGUGUUUUUCAGGUUUCUCCACUGUCAAGUUACUCUUUUCCCUUUUCCUACUCUGUCCUCUUUGGCAGUCACUUAGCACAGCCCACACUUAAGGGGUGGGGAGUUUUGCUCCACCUUCUUGGGGGCUGACCAUCUACAUAAAUUAUUUAGAAUUCUUUAGCACAGAUUGUCUCUUCUCGCUAUUUGUUUAUUCAAUUAUUUAUCUCGGUAUGGUCUCAUGGAUAUUUAUUAUACUUUGGGUUGUAAUCCAAUAGUACAUUACUUAUUUUGUUGCUCACAUUAGUUCAGCUUUGACCAUUGAGUGUCCUUUCAAUUGGUUCCUGUGUCCCUUUGACAUGUCCCCAUCACUGGUACUACAUCUUUUAGUUCACUGAUGUGGGGCUUUCAGUCCCUUGAGAGGAAGGAGAAGUGGCAGUGCCUGACAGAUACCAUACCAGAACAUUCUCGCCUGAGCACCACCUUCUUUCUCUGCCAGACUGGCUCCUAACUACCAGCUCUGCUGCCUGAAGCAGGGUUUAGCCACAGCAGCAGAGCCUUGGUACAGGCUUAUUUUGGUUCUCUGGCCUCAAGGGCAGGACCUCCAUGCUGUUCUUAUGUGCAGAAGAGGGGACUAACCAAGAUGGUCAUCUUGAUCCAAUCAUUGCUCUAAUUCAAGUUAGCCAUGAGGUCCUUGUAGGCCAAGCACAACUGUUCUCCCAUUAGUGAUUACCACUUGAGAGUGGCUAGGAGACUGCUGGCAGAAUGCCUGAGAUAAUGCUGUGGGAGUCCAUCCAGCGCUCUGAGAGCCCUUAGGCCACGCUCAGACCCUGAGAAGGCCCCAGCUAGUCCUUGCUGCCAGAAUGGUUCUUCUGGCCUGGCCCGUGAACGAGAUCCUAACAUGGGGGUUUUUGGUGGUGGCGGUGGUGGUGGUGGCGAGGAAACCAGACACAGUGGGUGACAGUGGGACACUUCCUGAAGUCAGGGCUGGGCUCUGUCCUGGUUGCCCAUAUCCUGUGUCUGUAACCUCCCAACUUAAGCCACAGCAGAAAAACAAUAGUGAUACAUCUGAUACCAACGGAUGUAACAAGAGCUGAUUGUGGACUAGGUCCUGUGUGAAUGCUUCACAUUCUCACAGCAGCCCUAUGAUAUUGGGGACAUUUAUGUCACUUGCCCAGCUGGUAAGAGAAGGAACCAGGAGGCUUUGGAAUCAGUGUGCUUGGAGUCUGUGCUCCUAUCCUCUAUGGCUAUCCCGCCUUCCUGAAUGUGCUGAGUGGGAAGAAGCUUCAAGAUCUGACCUCCAUCCCAGGAAGGUGAAGCAAGAAGGGACAGGUGUAAGGAAGGCGACUUGCGUAAGGUCUUACCCCAGAGGACAAGAACCAGGUUCUGCCCACAUACCUAAACCCCUUCCUCCAGCCCCCAAACCUUUCACAGUGUUUCGGCUGUACAAAAGCAACAGUGACAGCAAACCUCUUAAGUACAGGUUGGGACAGAGUCCCUCCCAGCUGCUCAGGGAAUCCUGAUGUCCAGAGCAGUCCGGGUGGGGAGUGGGGUGUGUGUGGUCACAGCCUCGAUUCCUGCUCCUCAGGAAUCCUGCUCCUUGGUGCUCAGGGACGUGGCCUGCCUUGCUUCCCUGUCCUCCAAAGUGAGGGAGAUGGUUCUGGAUAGGUGGGAAGGUUGGGUUAUUUUAAUUUUCCUUUUUUUCCAGCAAGGCCUAUGAUUAUUACAUUAAUCUUCCAGGCGAAGUUUUUACGACUUAUCCCUCGCUAACUAUGAGAAGUUUCUCCAUCCAUUACCAAAAGGGAAACAGACCCUGGUGAGGAGGAAUAUAUUUGUUACAUCUUAUCAGGCUGACACACAAUCUACCAACAAUUACAGCAGCCCCAUUUUUUGCACUAUUUCAGCUCUGGCGUGAAAAAUUGUUGUAAUAGUAAAGUGAGGCAGGGUGGGGGUGGGUCAUAGGAAGUGGCUGUAUGUUCCAAGCUCUGAGCCCAAGCUUUCUUGGGUGCCACCCAGCAAACUGAUUGGUGGGCGGGAGGAGAGCGAGUGUUUGCAUGUAAAUCCCAGCUCCCUGUUCCUGUGCUGAUGGCUCUGUGUGAGAGCUGGAAGGAUAGACAGCACUCCUGGCCCUCGCUGGGAAGCCACCUUGUCCCUGCCUUCAUUUUCUCAGCCCAAAUACCUUCUUACCAACACACCUCGUAGGUUGCACCCCCUAGAUUGGCUCAUUGGAUAUUUUGUUUUUUAGGGCUAAACAAAUGAUAGAGUCACACCAGAGAGUGACUUCUUGGUUAUCAAACCUUUCUCAACCAUUUUUCUAAUAAAAUGGAGCUGCACAAUGAUGAGA